ACACACACACACACAUCGACCAGGAAGUGUUGCUGCGGCGUCCUGUCCCCUCCAGGAUUAUGAAAUUUGUGAAGGCAAUCCAGCAAUGUGACUCGUUUCGAAAUGAGUAAGAGGAAAAGCAAAUUGAUCAGUGAUGCGACAGCUUUCAAGAGCCGCAGAGUGACAGCUGUUGAUACCGAACCUGCACCAGAUGAUUCAAACCAUCAGGGACCGUCUUCCAGCAGCUCCACUGCUACAGGAGACAUCGGCCUCAUCGAAAGCAUCAGUCUGAAGAAUUUCAUGUGUCACCACUCGCUCGGUCUGUUCCGCUUUGGGCCUAAUGUGAAUUUCAUCGUUGGCAACAAUGGAAGUGGCAAAAGUGCCAUCCUGACUGCUCUGAUCGUGGGCCUCGGUGGAAAGGCCACCAUGACCAACAGAGGAGCGUCGCUGAAGGACUUCGUGAAGACCAGUGAAAAUGCUGCAGAUAUCACAGUAAAGCUGCGAAACAGAGGACCGGAUGCUUACAAAAAGGACGUUUACGGCGACUGCAUCUCCAUUGAGCAUCGGAUCUGGAGCGAUGGGUCUCGAACCUGCAAGCUGAAGAACAAAUCAGGACAAAUUAUCUCAAGCAAGAAGGAGGAACUAACGGCCAUCCUGGACCACUUUAACAUCCAGCUGGAUAACCCAGUGUCCAUCCUCAGCCAAGAGAUGAGCAAACAGUUCCUGCAUUCAAAAAGUGAAUCGGACAAGUACAAGUUCUUCAUGAAAGCGACUCUGCUGGAACAGAUGAAGAGAGAUUACGUCCACAUCAAACACACUAAAACAGUCACACGGCAGCAGGUGGAGAGGCAAGAGGAGGUAACUAAGACACUGAACAGUGAGGAAGAAACACAACAUAGAAAACAGCAGAAGACUUUAUGUGAUCUGAAGCAGCAGCUUGAAGAGCUCCAGAAUAAAUGCUCACAGCUGAACCAAGAGAUCGGCAACAAACAUCAGGCGCUUUUCAAAGGAAGAGAGGAGCGGGACAAACUGAGACUGGAAGAAAGGAACGUCCAGGUUUCAUACGAGUCCAAGCUGAAGAGGAAGAAUCAGCUCUGUGCCAGUCGGUCCAACAAGCUGAAGCGGUUUGGAGAUCACGUUCCUGACCUCAUGGCUUUGAUCAAUGAGGCUUCUGAUAAAGGACGCUUCCGAAAGAGGCCCGUUGGUCCAAUAGGGGCCUGCAUUAAUUUAAAGGAUCCCACGCUGGCUGUGGCGGUGGAGUGCUGUCUGCGGAGCUUCAUGAAGGCUUUCUGCUGCGACAACUACAAAGACGAGGCGGUCCUUCAGGAGCUCAUGUCUCGCUUUUAUUCAAAGGGCAACAGACCGCAGAUCAUCGUCAGCCCCUUCUCUGAAAAACUCCACAACAUCGACGGACGGAAAGCGUAUCAUCCAGAAUACCCAUCUGUGCCGGACGUAAUCACAGCAACGAGCCCGGUCAUCGUCAACUGCCUGAUUGAUAUGCGAGGGAUAGAAUCAAUCCUCAUAAUCAAAGAAAAAGACAAAGCGCGGAGGGUCAUGCAGCAAGGCCGGCCGCCUAAAAACUGCCGUGAAGCCUUCACCGCUGAGGGGGAUCAGGUGUAUCCAAACCGCUACUAUACCUCCGACUUCAGCAUGGCCAAAUACCUCGGUGGGGAUCUGGAGACUGAAAUAAGCAUGUUGGAGUCGGACCUGGAGAAUCACCAGGCUCAGCUGUCCAGGUUCCAACUCCACGUGAGCUCCGUGACCGAAGACAUCGCAGCGAUGGAGAGCAGCCUGAGCGGCACCAUCGUGACCCUGAAGAGGACUCUGGCCUCUGUGAAUCAAGUCAAAGCGACAAUAACCGAGCUGGAAACCGCCUGUGAGGAGCACAUCGAUGACAUCAGCUCCUUGGAAGAAGUUGCUCAAGAGAACCAACAGAAAAUCGAGGCAGAAAAGCAAACCGUUCAAGAAGCAAAAGCUGAACUCGACGAGCAUCGGAAAAAGGCAGAAGACGCAGACUCCCAGUACUCUUCUGUUAGAGAUCGGAUUGAUCAGCUUUCAGAGGAAAUGGAGCCGUUGAAGGAUGAACAGCUGACACUGGAGGCAGAGUGUGCAAAACAUGAACGAAACCUCAAAUUCUUAGAAAACAGGCUGAAGGCUCACGAAGGCAACAUCCAAGCCCUGAAGAAUGACCUGACCCAAAGAGAAGCAGAGUUGCAGGAAUAUGUGGCCAAAGCUACAGAGAUCAGUCCUGAGCGGCAGCAGGUGAGCGGCAGCACCAAGAGCAUCGACACCGAAAUCAGUCGACUGAAGAGGAAGAUCAGGGUGUACGAGAGCAGCCACGGCGAGCAGGAGCAGGUGGUCAGAGAGUACGCCGAGGCCCUGGCUCUGUACAGAGAGAAAACCAACCAAGUGAGAGACCUGCGGAGGUUCAUCGAUCAGCUCGAUAACAUCGUGUCAGACAGGCAGAACAGAUACAAAAUAAUGCGUAGGUCCCUCUCUGUCAGGUGUAAAUUAUACUUCAACAACUUCUUGAUAAAGAUGAACUGCUGCGGCUCGAUGAUUUUUGAUCACAACAACGAGACGCUCGCCAUCUCGGUGAAGCCUCCAGGCAGGGAGGAAGACCCUGUGAGUGACGUGAGGACGCUGUCCGGCGGCGAACGCUCCUUCUCCACCGUUUGCUUCAUGCUUUCGCUGUGGGAGAUCACAGAGUCGCCCUUCAGGUGCCUCGACGAGUUCGACGUCUACAUGGAUAUGCACAAUCGCAGAAUCUGUCUGGACCUCCUCCUGGAGCUGUCUGAGCGGCAGCACCUUCGACAGUUUAUCUUCAUCACUCCUUUGACCACCAGCCAUCUCCCCAAAUCAAGCCUCGUUAAAAUCCACCAGCUUCAGGAUCCAGAAAGAGAGCAAAGACAAAACACGACAUGAGGAUGUUUAAACUGAGCUCCACUAACUAAACUGAGAAAACGUAACAUACAUAGUGACUGUUCAUAUGCAGUUUAUGUAUAUAUCAGUAUUAUUUCAUGGGUUUGGGCGCUUUGUGUGGUUUUAAAAUGUCGUUUCACUUGUGUAUGUUUGAAGACAUUGAUUCACUUUCAUGAAAUCUACAUUAGAGUUGUGUUACUAUUAAGUAGCUCCGACACAAACGUUGGGUCGUAUUUAUUUUCUCAGAGUGUUGAAAUAUGCAUGUCAUGACGAUGACUGUGAUGCAUAAAGAAUUAAUAAUGCACAUAUGAUAAUAUCGUAACUAAUCCAGUAACUAACUGGUUUACACUCCAACAGAGGAAGAAUGUCGAGCACAGAUGUGGUUAAGAACUUUUCUAUGAAGCCCCACGACUGAUGCAGCGAGACUUGUUUUGCUUUGCAUUACUACGCAAUACUUUUACCUUAAGAUCAAUUUUGCUUUAUUUUGCAAUGCUUUUGCGCCACCUUGCAAUACUUGUGUGUUUCUUUGCAAUUACUUUUGUGUUCCCUCACAACAACUUUAACUUUGCACAUUUUUUUUGCAUUACCUAGCAUUACUUUUGCUUUACGUCACAUUUUUUUUUUGGCUGUAUGUUGCAUUAGUUCUACGUGACAUCGCAAUACUUAUGCAUUUUCAUGCAGUACUUUUUGCAUGACUUCACAGUAUUUGUGCGUUCCCUCGCAAUAGCUUACGUGCUACAUUUUUGCAGGAGUUUUGCAUUCCCUACAAUUUUGCGUUUUCUCGCAAUAGUUUUGCUUUACGUCGCAAUACUUUUUGCUGCCUAUCUUUUACAACAACACACUUGUUACAUGACAGUACUUUUGCAUUUUCUCACAAUAACUUAUGUGUGACUUUUGUAUUCGCUUGCUACAGUUUUGUGUUCCCGCGCAAUACGUUUGUGUAAUAUCGCAGUAGUUUCGUGUUCCCUGCCCUUGUGCUUGUAUUUUAAGUCUAAUUUAUUUCUGAGAAAAAUAGGAAAAACCCACAUUCAGAAAAGUUAAAGAUGAUUCUGACUGGUAGUAUUUAUUAUUAUUAUUAUUAUUUCAACAGAUACUGCAAUUAUGUCAUUAAUUGUAGUUUCUUUUGACCACGAUAAUCGCAUCGUGAAAUUCGAUCUGAUUUUUGUUGUUACGAAAGUCUGAUUUCUCCUCUGAAAACGCUGGGUCAUGUAGUAAACUGUGAGGUCUCUGCUACUCUUUAGUGAAGGAAAAAGAUGCAGGAGAUUGUGGGUCAGAAGUCGUGCACAACUUUAAUGUGUUAUAUUUUCCUAUUUGUUCUCAGUCGGCAGGAUGUCUGGUGUUUAAUGUUAACAUUCAUGUAUUUUAAUGAAAUAUUGAGCGGUGAUGAUGAAGAUGUGUGUGGAUAACUGAAGGUCUGAUCUUUUUUCUUUGUUAACUUUAAGGUUGCAGUUUGAUCAUUAAUGAGUUUUUACUUGUGAUGUGUUUCGUAUAAUGGAGGAUAUUUCCAAUGACAUUGUAGUAUUUAUCAGCAAACUUUCCAUCUGUAAACUCAGCCUGUCAGUGUUAAUAUUGUCACAGUGGGCAGUUUUCUUAUUACAUUUCCUUUUUAUUGCCAAUUAAACAUCAAAUAUUUGGGCUCUGUGGCUUAAACAUCGA